UCGUAAAGUUCGUAAGAUUUUUGGACAGACAAAUUUGAUCAACAUUUUUCAAGGAAGUUUAGUAUUGAAAAUGAUGCGUCGGAAGAUGAAUUUGUAUUUGUUAGAAUUCUUUUUGCUGCUUCACAGUUGUCUGUCAGAAACCGUUAUAACUGUGCACAAUGACUUUGAAAUUGGAAGUAUCGAUCCAGAAACAGCUGAUGAAUUGGACUGGACGAAACAUCCUUGUAGACGUAAUUGCUUAGAUGAAGCACCGCCUAUGCAAUGUCAUUAUAUCUUUAGGUUAGAAGCUUAUCACACAAUGAGCAAAGCGUGUUACGAUUGUCCAUUCAACAUUACGGAUUGUUUUCGUAAACAUUGUAUUCCAGCAGAUGGUAUCGAACGAUCGAUUUUAGUCGUUAAUCGUCAAAUGCCUGGACCAGCUAUUGAGGUGUGUCAAGGUGACAGGAUAACGGUAGAUGUAAUAAAUUUAUUGCACUCUGAGAGCACGACGAUGCAUUGGCAUGGUCAACAUCAUGUUAAAACUCCUUAUAUGGACGGUGUACCUUACGUAUCUCAAUGCCCAAUUUUGCCAGGUUCAACUUUCCGUUAUGAUUUCAUUGCCACGGAGGCGGGCACACAUUUUUGGCAUUCUCAUUCAGGCUUUCAACGGGGUGAUGGAGUGUUCGGUCCGUUAAUCGUACGCACACCUCCAAAAGUGAAUUGGCACAAAGAUUUGUACGACAUCGAUGAACAUAUUAUUCAGAUCUCGGAUUGGACUCAUAAAUUAGGAAUCGAUAAAUUCUUGAAUCACCAUUACGCAGGCGGAGAUAAUAAACCGCCUAAUAUAUUGAUUAAUGGUUUAGGUCGUUUCACAAUUAAUCGAAACGGAAACAAUAUAUCCGCUAUAAUGCCGACCGCGAUCUUUACGGUUAAACAGAAUACCACAUAUAGAUUUAGACUCAUUAACGCUGAAUUUCUCAAUUGUCCGAUAGAAAUAUCGAUCGAUAAUCAUACUAUGCGUGUAAUUAGUUCGGACGGACGUGAUAUCGAAGCUGUCGAAGCGGAAUCAUUGGUAAGUUACGCUGGCGAAAGAUUCGAUUUCGUUGUUGAGACGAAUCAAAAUAUAGAUAACUUUUGGAUACGAUUCCGGGGAUUAAUGGAUUGUGACGAAAGAUUUACUAAAGCAUAUCAAGUUGCUAUACUACGAUAUGAAGGCGCGAGCAACAAAGAUCCAAAUGGAUUAGUUGGAUACAAAUAUAAAUCCAACUAUUCGACAGGUGGUCAGCGUAUAAACGCUUUAAACGAGGGUACGGAAACCAAUAAUAGUAUCAGCAUACCUUUAUUAAAAGCCAUGGACAAAAAUGAUAAAUCAAAUACCGUGCAUCCUGAUUACCAAUUUUAUGUAUCCUAUGAUUUUUACAAGAAAGAUAAUCCACAUUUCCAUCGCGGAAAGCUUUAUGGAUUUAAUCAAGUAAAGAAUACAAAACAAGUACUUACUCCCCAGUUAAAUCAUAUUUCGAUGAAAUUACCACCGAUGCCUUUGUUAUCUCAAAGGGAUUUCAUCGAUUCGGAUCAAUUUUGUAAUUCAAGUACCGUACAAGGUUGUGUCCAAGAUUAUUGCGCUUGCACUCAUGUGCUUCGAGUAAAUCUUGAUAGCGUAGUGGAAAUAAUUUUAGUGGAUGAAGGUUUCGCUUACGAUGCGAAUCACCCGUUUCACCUUCAUGGUUAUCAAUUUCGCGUGAUCGCAAUGGAAAGAAUCGGUGAAAAUGUCACUGUUGACAAAGUAAAAGCGUUGGAUAAAAAAGGGGCGAUACGACGAAAUCUUGACCAUGCUCCGUUAAAAGACACGGUAACGGUACCGGACGGUGGUUAUACCGUUGUACGAUUUUAUGCCAAUAAUCCAGGCUACUGGUUGUUUCACUGUCACAUUGAAUUUCAUGCAGAAGUUGGAAUGUCGUUAAUCUUUAAAGUUGGCGAACAUAAAGAUAUGUUACCGGUACCACGUAAUUUUCCUUUGUGCGGUAAUUGGCAACCUCAAGAUAUACAACUUAAAUCAAGUUCUUUGAACAUUUUAUCAAACACUGAGAAAAAAUCUAUAAUAGAAACUUCAAAUGUUACAAUAGAUGAAAUUACUGAAAAUAGUAUAAAACGAUUCAUAAAAGUGUUGCCAGAAGUAUUGAGAACAUUGCAAAUAUCUUCGGCUAUUUCAGUUAUUCCGUAUUCUUUACUUUCUUUUUAUUCUUUUAUAGCUAUAAUCUAUACAUUUACAUAGAAAAAGAAAUAGUUCGUAAAAAUUUAUUAAUCUUUUUGUUACAACUAGUAAUAAAUAACAUCCUGUUUUAUAUAAGAUAUUAAUCUUAUGAUUAUUUUAAAUCUUUUGAUUAUUUAAAUUAAUCACGAAAUAAUAUAUAAUACGAACGUUUCUGAUGUUUGAUUUUUAUUAAAAAUGGUAAAAUAUCGCAUAAAAACUAAAGAUAUUAAAAAAAAAAAAAUGUUUUUCCAAAAGUUAUUUAGUGAAAGUUUAGUUUGUCUAUUGCAAAUUGUCGAAUUUGUUUUGAUAAAUGUUAUCAUAUAAUUAUAGCAUUUCAUUAAAUUUUAUUUUGAAACUCCUUAUUCUCCAGCUUCCUAUUUUUAUUCAAUUAUUUAAUAUUCUACUUACAAAGAUAUUAUUUAUAUAUAUAUAUAUCUAUUAUAAAAAUAUUUUUCUUAUAUCUUCAGUUUCUUAUGCGAUGUCGUAUUUUAAAACGAGUAAACUAUAUAUAUAUAUAUCGAUAUUAAUUGAAAUUAAUUGAAAUACAUUAGAUUUUAUUAUUUAGCACUUUUCACGUCAAAGAAGAAAUAUUAUUAUUAAUCGAUAUCGAUUAUUUAUAGAAAAAAAAAUGUUACAUGGAAGAAAUGUACGUAAGUAAAUAAAUAAGUACACUUGUAUUUUGAUUUAAUAUUCAUAUAACGAAAUAAGUCAUUGGAUGUACAUAGACGAAUUAAAUCAUGUGUCAGAGUCAAUUGUUAAAUAUAAUAAUACAUAUAUCAUGCUUAAUCAAUAAGAAUUCGUAUUAUAAAUAUUAAUUAUUACUUAUUAUGGUAAUGAAUUAUGAAAAUUUUUUUAAAGCUAUUCAUAUAAUUGUAAAUUCAAUUUGGUUUUAAUUUUUUAAUUCAAAUGUAAUAUAGUUAUCUCUUUCGCCUCUGCUUCCUAUAAUAUUUUACAAUAUUUAACAAUACUUUAUGUCGAUAAUUAAUAAUAUUUCAAAACUUUAAAUAUAUAUAUAUUAUUUAUUUAUUUUUCCAAGAUAUUUAAUAUAAUUUUAUAACCGAUAACAAAUUUCGUUAAAUGAAUAUUAUACUGCCGAUUAUAUAAAUAUUUUUAUUUAAUUCUAUACGUAUAUAUUAUAUAAGUAUUUAUAUAUAUAUUAUAUAUUAUAUUUUUAUACUGUGAUAUAAAUAUUAUAAGUAAGUAUUAGUUAAAGAUUGAAUAUUAAUUAUGUAAAAAAAUUAUAAGCUUUAUGAUAUUUACUAAUUAAUUUACUUUUUACUUUUACAAAUAAUGUUAUUGUAUGUAUAAUAUAAUUUGUAAAGUAUAAUAAUAUAUAUUAAUGUAUAAUAAUACUUUAUAAUUAAA